CGGCACAAGACGAUCGCUGUUGCCUUGUCGGGAGGUGUGGACUCUUCUGUGGCAGCUCUGCUGCUCAAGCGGCAGGGUCAUAAAAUCUUUGGCAUCUACAUGAAAAACUGGGAGGAGGAGGAGGAGAAAGGAGAGAACAAGCAGGUGAAGCACUGCAGCUCUGCGCAGGAUCUUCUUGAUGUGAAAUCAACUUGCAAGCAGCUGGACAUGGAGCUGAAACAAGUGAACUUUGUGAAAGAAUAUUGGACUGAUGUCUUUGAGCCCAUGCUUGAUGGCUAUCUCAGUGACCUCACGCCAAACCCUGAUGUAGCUUGCAAUAGGCAGAUCAAAUUUAAGCUGCUCCUACAGCACGCGUUCAAGCUUGGUGCCGACUAUUUAGCAACCGGCCACUAUGCGAGACUGGACCAUGCUUGUGACGGGACAAAACUUUUGAGAGCAAGAGAUUACAACAAAGAUCAGUCUUACUUCUUGUCAAAUGUGGAUGGGAAAUGCUUUGACCGUGUGCUGUUCCCACUGGGAGAUCUUCUUAAGAGUGAAGUCCGCAACAUUGCCAUAGAGGCACACUUGCCGUCUGCAAGGAAAAGGGAGAGCAUGGGACUUUGCUUCGUCGGAAAGCGGAACUUUGAAGAUUUCAUAUCCAACUACAUACCAGACGACGACCCUGACGUUCGGAGCAAGAUGGGAAAUUUCGUGGAUCUUGAGACCGGGCAGGUCUACGGGGCACACAAAGGAACGCAUUUCUACACCAUCGGCAAAGGAGCGCGAAUCAGCGGCGCCCCGACCAAGCUGUACGUGUGUGAGAAACGAGGGUCGGACAUCAUGGUAGUGCCGGGGACGAACCAUGAUGCGCUGCUUUCCUUGUCUUGCCUUGUCGGACCUCCUCAUUGGAUCUCGGGCAAGCUGCCUGAAGAGCUUGCUGCUGGUGGAGAAUUUCGCUGUCAAUGUCGAUUGAGAAACCUCGGGGACAUUGUCCCGUGCAGUUUG